GUAAAGUUAUUUAAAAUGAAACACCAGUGCCCAAGCCCCAAUUAUUUACCACAAUUGCUCGUUAAAAUGACGUCAUAUAUUGGUAUGUUAGGGGUUCUGCGAUAAUUAGUUUCACAUCCAAACGUUCUCCCAAAGCCGACGACACGGAAGCUUACCCCGUAGGCAAGAGAUAAAACCGUCUCUUAAAACCUGUGGGAAAGCUUUUCUAGUCAAUACUGCGCCUUCAACCACCUGUCAGUUGUUCAAAAAUGGAUUUUACCAGAAGCUCUCCUCAGGGGUAUGAAGACGAUGAUGUGUCAAGCAUAUCCAAAGAUUUCGUGCCAUCUCGCCCUGCCUCCCUUUAUGGAAAAUCGAAAAAGAUUAAGGUUGGAUUUUGCGAAAUUCGUCUAUUCUGGGCAAACUUGUUAUUUGCUUUUGUCGCCGUAGCCGGCCAAGUCGGUCAGAAUGUGUCGCUUCCACUCUGGAUCGACUCCGUAAAUGGAAAUCAUUCGGGAAAAUCAGUCGACAGUUACUUUGUGCUGUCUUUUGCGAGUUUGUCGUUUGUCAUAAUAUUUGGACUGGGAACGUUGUUCGUUAAAAUCUUUUCGCCUCAACAUCUCGGAGAAACGGAAAAACGUUUUCCACACCUUCUGCUCUUUUUGGUUGGCCUGUGUGACGCUUUAAACGGAGCUCUGGUUGUAUUCGCGAGUAAAGGGUCAAGAACACCGCCAUACCUUCAAGCGAUUCUUGGAAACUUCCUGAUCCCUUUGACUAUUUUAUUCAGGUUGCUGAUUGUUCGAAAGAAGCCCACCCUGCUGAAGUUGUCCUGUGGUGUCAUCGUGGUUGUUGGUCUUUUCAUUUGCCUCAUCCCAACAAUUUUUCCCGAAGUUGAUCCCAAAGCCGAAAAAAGAAAAAACGAUGCUCAGGGUGUUUCCAGAGUAAUGUGGCCCAUAAUUUUCAUGCUUGGCUUCGUUCCAGCAGCCGUUAUGAACGUGAUCGAAGAAAAGGGAGUGAAGAUGGAAAGUCAAUCCUCAAAGAAAGGCAUCAACUUGUUGUAUUUCCUAUUUUGGACGUCUUCUUAUCAGCUACUCUGUGUGGGACUUUUGUUUUGGUUGGACAUUCUGCCGUGGUAUGGAAAUGUUAGCAAUAUCCAAGAGUUUGGGGAAAAUUGGUGGUUUGGAGUUCAAUGCUUCUUUGGCGCCGCAGGUUGUGACUCCACUUCGGGGACCAGAGGAACUAUAUUUAUUCUCAUGUACGUUUUAUCCUAUGUUGGUGGAGCCAAUCUACUGAGACACGCCGAGGGAGCCACUUGGCUGGCUAUUGUCACGGUAAGUGAACUAUUUGAUACUCAUGCUCUAGGCAUUUUUCUCGUCUAGCUAGACAUGCAGAUUAAAUCAGAUGCUCAACAUUUGUAGAACAGGUGCAUUCGAGUACGAGUAUACUUUGAUUGUGUGCCGUAAGAUAAAAACAAUUAAACAAACAGCCAAACAAAACGAUGAUAAAAGUUACCAGGGACAAGUGAGAGCCCAAAGUCAAAACGAGCACAUUUUUGAAGCGCGGAAUAUUAAUGCGAGUGAAAAUGUUGUCACCGGUUUGAGUUUCACAUAUGGUGGGUUGAGAAGAUGUACGUGACUAUCCAGAGCUAUCACG